AUGACGCAGGUGGAGGUGUUGGGCGCCGCCGGGGUGGGAGGUGGUGGGGCGCCGCCGGGGAAGGAGGAGGUGGGUCGCCGCCGGGGUUGGAGGAGGUGGGUAGCCGCCUGGUUGGGAGGAGGUGGGGCGCCGCCUGGGUGGGAGGAGGUGGGCGCCACCGGGAUUGGAGGAGGUGGGCGCCGCCGGGAUUGGAGGAGGUGGGGCGCCGCCGGGAUUGAAGAAGGUGUGGUGGGAUUCGGCGCCGCCGCCAGGGAAGAAGGUGGGGCGGGCUUGGGCGCCGCUGCUAGGGAAGAAGGUGGGGCGGGAUCGGGCGCCGCCGCCAGGGAAGAAGGCAAGGCGGGAUUUGGGGACGGGCGGCGAGGUCCUACCGAUAGGGAAGAAGGUGGGGGCGUGGGGAAGUUCACGAGCAGGUACCUCACGAGCCUAGGACUGUGUGGGUAUUCUCGGGUUCACAUCCACGGCAUGCCUGUUACCAUGGUCUGUUCACCUGCGUAG